GUGGAUGCAGGAGCAUGUUCGUUAAGACUCGCGUUAUUGAGGCUGUUUUAAACCCCAAAUCAAAGCUUUAAACAGCAGGCAUGUUUUCUUUCUCCGCUAUAUUAAUGUAACUGUAAUUCAAUGCUAAGAUGAAACAUCCGCAGCAGUCUAUUUAUUCAUGCUUAUUGAUGUGUUCACCUCUCUUGACUCUCACUAACGUCAAUUACCAGUCCCUGUCUAAUUAUGUCGGAUUCUUAUAAUCCUGAGUGUAUCUCUAAGAGCAUGGAGACCAGGAGGAAAUUUGACUUUAAAUUCAAAGAGACAGUCCUGCAGUAUGCAGAGAAGACAUCAGGAGAACAAGCUGCCAGGUUCUUUAACAUCGACCCUAAAAGGAUAAGGGACUGGAGGAAACAGAGGGCCAAACUGCUGCUGGCUGACCAGAGGAGAGCACGGCUGACCGGAGGAGGGAGGAAGAAGGUCAGCCUGGAGCUGGAGAAAAGGCUCUCUCAAUGGAUUUAUUCAAUGAGGGAAAAACAGAAGAGGGUGUCAAGAAAAAUAAUAAGAGCUAAAGCACUGGAGAUCUACCCGUUAGUAAGUGAUGGAGGCAAGACGUUUGUGGCUAGCAGAGGCUGGCUUCAAGGAUUUUUACAGCGCAAUGGCUUAAUACGUCAAAGCUCCUCCACCACUGACCAGAGAGACCCAAAUCAAUCCAUCAGGACACCUGCGGAGCAGUCAGACAUAGCUUCAACCCCCAACGACUUAAAAAACAUUAUAAUUAAAGAGGAGCAGCAGGAGUGGAGCCCAGCUCUGGAGCUGGAGAGCACUGAGCCUCAACGUAUCAAAGAGGAGCAGCAGGAACUGUGGAGCAGACAGGAGGGAGAGCAGCUUCAAGGACUGGAGGAAGCUGAAACCAUCAAGUUCCCUUUCACUCCUGUUCAUGUAAGGAUUGGGGAUGGAGUGAAUCAUCAGUCCUCACAGUUUCCCCAAAGACCUACUGAGCAGACGGAAACAGGAGCUGAUGAUGGAGAGGACUGUGGAGGACUAGAAUCAGCCAGAGACUCAGACUCAGAGAUAAACUCACAAUCAGAAACAGAGGUCAAGACUGAGGACACCUUUGAUUCAGAUACUGACAACAGUGAGGAUGAUUGGAAGGAGACAGUGGCUCAUCAGUCAGUUGAUGAAUGCAAGAGGGAAUGGAAGACUUGUUCAGAUGCUUUUGUUAAAAACAAGAAGCAGAAAAAUCUGUUGAGUAACACCACUGGUGGCACCAAGAAGGAGUGGGAAUAUGACACUGAAAUAAAUUCCCAUCCACCUCACGAGCAAAGCAGAAGCUCAAGAAACACCCUGCAGCUGCAGAAAGGAGGAUCCCUUUUACCACCUACAGUGGAGAAACAGCUUCUAGACAUAAUCAGACAACCUCUGACUACUCCUGCCCCACAUGUCCCCUCCCAAGAUGAGGAGAUGUUUUAUUUUGCUCUUAGCUUGGUGCCCCAGCUGAACAGGCUGUCCCGUGCAACACAGACACAGGCCAAAAUUCAUAUCCUCGCAUAUCUAGCUGGGUUAGAAGCACAAGAGCAGGGGCAGCUUCCACCACAACGCCCACUGACUGUCCAAUCAUCGAACCAGCAGCCGCUAAAUCCUCCACCCGCAACAUUUCACACCUUCCAGCACACAUCUGUCUACCAGCAAGGCCAACCAACAGAGCCUCCCCUGAGAGCAGACCAACAAGGAUCACAAAGAUCUUACAUGGACUACUGGCAAGACCACUGAAAUACAACUUAUCAGUUCAGUUAACUGCUACAGCCUCAGCUUGUCUUCAGUGGCUGUGCUUGACACAUUUGAUUGAUAUUAGAAGACUCAGUUUAUGACAAAUGUGAAUAAUUUGUUUAGUCAACAAGUUAUUCUAACAGUUGCUCCGUAGACUUCCCUACCACUAGUUUAAGUUUGUAGUUUUUCUUUCAAUUUAUAUCAUAUUUUCAUGGUUUCCAUUUUUGUGAUACAAGUGAUACAUUAAAAAUAUGUUGUCUUUUGAAAAAAAAAAAAAAAAUGAGCCAAUAUCAUCAUAAGGUGCCUUUGAGACUUCCUCAUUUCCAAAAGAAAAAGCUGAGAUUUUCCAUUGAACUUCAUAUUCAUUGUAUGAAGUAGAUGUUAUACUGUUAGAAAUGCAUGUUGGUCAAGCUCAAAGACUUUUUAUUAAUUAACUGCAAGCACAGCUGCAAACAGCAAAAUAUGUCCACCCUGUCAUGGACAAAUUCAAAGUAGAAUAACUACAUUGUAAUUAAAUAGUGAUUAUAAAAUGUACAUUUUCAGAAAGCUGUUUGGUCUCUUUGUCAACAGU